AUGUCUACGCCAUCACCACCACCACAACCUUCUAUUGCUACUACUGCUCCUUCUCAACAACAACAACCUCCAGCAACUAAUAUCAAUGGAGGGUUGAUGUCGACUAAUCCGCCAGCACCACAACAACAACCAGUUGGUACAUCAGCAACAACAGCAGCAAAUGUAGUACAAUCUAUACCUUUAUUAGUUACACCACAGAGUAGUGUUGUUGGAACAUCAACUCCUCCACCUCCAACCCAACAACAACAACAACAAAAGGAAUCAUUAAAUAUUAGCAUGGAAAAGAAUAUAACUCCACCAUCAACACCAGAAUCAACAUCACAUCUUUUAAACAAACAUUUAAACAAGAUUCUAUCGGAUUGCUCAAAGAAACAACAAAACAUUAAAGAAGAGAUCAAGAAUAUCUAUGAAUUGUUAAAAGCCAAUCCAACUUUACUUUCUGGUCGAUCUACAAUCGAUGAAUCAUCAGUGGUAAAGAGUACAACAUGGAUACAAAUAGUUAGUCAUCUAUCAACUAUCUUUAGAUUAUCAUUUGAAUCAAAAAAUAACAAAUUGAUUCAAUCUUCUGUUGAAUUGGUAGAGAAAUUAAUAUCAUCAAAUUAUAUAAUAUCAUCAAUGUAUGAUAUAAAUGAUCAAGCCAAGAAACCAUUGAUUGAUAAAUUUAUUGAACCAACACUUGUACAUUGUGUCGAUGUAACCGAUGACAUGACAUUGGUACAAAUCAUUAAAUUGGUGCAUACUGCAGCCACCAAAUUUCACAAGUAUACAUUGAUACUGUCGUUCAAGACUAUAUUCUAUAUCUAUGUGCACAGUAAACCACAAUCCAACCUAUCGAAUGCAUCAAAGACUUCCAUCACUCAAAUCUUGCGUGGACUAUGUCGUCAUUUUAAGAUUAGUCAACCAAUACCUCAUCCAAAUCAUCAUCAUCACAACAACAACAACAACAACAACAGCCAAUCUAAACCAUCCAGUCAUGCCACUACACCAAUUGGGGCACAAACACCAACCACAACUGGAUUAACAGAUCACCAUGGUAGUACCGCGACGGCUCAUCAUCAUCAUCAUCCAAUUAAUCAUGCAAUUAAUAAUGUUAUUUCAUUACCAACUGAAUUACAAUCACCAAUUAUCAAUUCCCCCAAUUUCCAAUCACCUCCACCACCAACUCCAACAAACAAACAAGUUUUAUCAGAUGAUACAACUUCUUCUGUUGUUUCAAAUAUUAUUGAUGAAAUGAUUGAUAAAGUUGUUAUUAGUAACAAAGAAAAUGAUGAUCAACAACAAUCUACUACUGCUGCUACUACAACAGUCUCAAUUCAACAAGACAAUAAUAAUAAUAAUAAUAAUAAUACUUCUUCAACCACAACUACUGCUACAACUACUACCAAUAUUGUAGUAGAAAAUCAAUCAAAAGUUAUUCAUCCAGAAUUUUCAACCAUCACAGAUGAUACAACAGUUGUUGAUGAAAAUGAAGUAUUAUUAAGAGAUGCAGUUUUGGUAUUUAGAUUAUUAUGUGAAUUAUCUUUAAAGGAAAUCGUAGAUUAUGAUUCACCAGAAAUUAGAAUUAGAAUAUUUUCAUUGGAAUUGAUUAGUUUAAUUUUUGAAGAAUUUGGUAGAUAUUUGAAAUUACAUUCAGAUCUUGUCAAUUAUGAAAUCAAAGAGGGAUUAUUCCCAUCGAUUAUGGCAUCGGGAGUUUCACAUAGCAAUACCAUUUUCAAGUUGUCAUUGACAUUGUUCCUUUACCUUUUGACUCAUUUUAGAGAUUUCCUAAAGGAUCAAAUAGGUCAAUAUUUCUCUAGUAUCAUUCUACGUGUACUCGAGAGUACAACUAGUUCAAUUCAACAUCGUUGGAUGGUUUUACAAGUACUUUCACAUGUUUGUGAAAAUAGUCAAAUCCUAGUUGAUCUAUAUUGUAAUUAUGAUUGUAGUUUAAAUCAUAAAGAUAUUUUCCAAAGAAUGGUCGAAGAUUUAUCAAAAAUUGCACAAACAGUGAUUCAAGAUAACAAAUUACAUGAAUUAAAAGUUAAAUAUUAUUCAUUGGAAUGUUUGGUGAUUCUAUUGAAAUCAUUGGCAGAAGGAUUAAAUUCAAAGAGAGAUGGAUUAACACAACGAUUGGCAUUGUUACCAAGUGAGAAUCAAUUUACUAAACUUAAAGAACGUAAAUUAAAGAUUGAAGAAGGUAAAGCAAAAUUCAAGGCAUCACCUAAAAAGGGUAUUGAAUUCUUUAUCAAUCUGGGUGUCGUUGAAAAGGAGCCAGAGACAAUGGCCAAGUUCUUGCGUGAUACUGGUGGAUUGGACAAACAGAGAAUCGGAGAGUAUAUUGGUGAACCCGAUGAAUUCAACAUUGCACUGUUGAUUGCAUACAUUGACACUUUCAACUUUACAGGAUACUCUAUCGAUCUUGCGUUGCGUCACUUUACAUCGUUCUUUAGAUUGCCAGGCGAGGCACAAAAGAUUGAUCGUAUUAUGGAAAACUUUGCAAAGAAAUAUUUCAACGAUAAUUGUAGUUAUCCAAACUUUGAGUUUGGUAAUUCCGACUCUGCCUAUGUCUUGUCGUUUGCCAUUGUCAUGUUGGCAACUGAUUUGCAUAGUAGUGCCAUCAAGGCACACAUGACCAAACCAGAGUGGCUAAAGAUGAAUGCAGGUAUCAAUGACAAGAAGAAUUUCGACGAGUCAAUGUUACUCGGUAUUUAUGACCGUAUCAACGCCGAGCCACUCAAGUUGAUGGAUGACGGUGACGCACCCACGAGUCAGCAGGGUGCUUUGGCAGCCGGUGGCAAGAUCCCAACCUCUGUCACAUUCACUUUGGGUGACCCUAACAAGGCUAUCAUCGACUUGCGCGAAAAGUAUCAUGCCGGUAAUCUAUUGGAGCAUAUUGGUGCCAUGUUAAAGUCGGUCUGGCACCCUAUCCUUGUCUCGCUCAGUCUCGUAUUUGAAAACACCGAGGAGAUAAAGACCACCCAGAACUGUUUGGACGGUUUCAAGGCCGCUAUUGACUUGACCGCACUGCUCGGACAAGCAUUGGGAAUGGAAGCGUUUAUAUCGGCGUUGGCCAUGUUUACAAUCUCGGAAAAGAUAAAGGAACUCAAGCCAAAGAAUAUGGAAGCGUUUGUCAGACUGAUCAGCGUUGGAAAGUCAAACGGCAACUACUUGCACAAGGGCUGGCAACCAUUGCUCAAGGCCAUUUCCAUGCUCGAAAGAUUCCGCAUGAACUUUUUGGGUGUCAAUAAUCCAAACGGGUCAGACUCUGGCUAUAAGCGAACUAUCUCGACAAGCGACUUUUUCAAACAAGCUAUGGUGGGAGGAUCGCGUACACCAACCGGUCCGAUUAUCGCAGAGGGUAUGUCGAUUGACUCUGUUGGCAAGGAGAUUGAAGUUGCCAACCACCUCUACAUGUCGACUGCAACGGCACUCAACGACGAAGCAAUCGUCGCCUUUAUCGAGUCACUCAUCAAUGUUGCACACGAAGAGAUUCGUAUGCCAACACCAUCGACAUUUAGUUUGAUGAAGCUGGUUGAAGUGGCCAUCUACAACACUAGUCGUAUCAAAUUGAUCUGGCAACCAUUGUCUGACUUUUUCAUCAAGAUUGGAACACUCCAACCACACGUGGACAAUACCUAUGUCGCAUCACUGGUCAUUGACUCGCUCAAACAACUCGCUCAAAAGUUUAUCGACCUCGAAGAACAAAACAAAGACCAAUCUCAAAGAGAUUUCCUUCGUCCUUUUGAAAUGAUCUUUGCCGCCAAUGCCCAACACGAAGUACGUGAGCUCAUCUUAAAGUGUAUCUUUCAACUGACCAAUGGCGGUAGAAAUUCGGUGAUCAAGAGUGGAUGGCGUCCUAUCUUUACCAUCUUUACGGUGGCUAGUCGCGCCGACCAUAAUAUUGCCAGUCAAGCAUUUGACUUUGUCGAAGAGUUGAUCAAAGAUUUCUCAUACAUUACAGAAACCUUUUUCAUAGACUAUGUCAAUUGUCUGAGCAGUUAUGCCAAUAGUCGCCACUGCGAUCUCUCGUUAAAGGCCAUCGACUCACUCAACAACUGCGGUGUACAACUGGCCAAUGGACGUGUCUGUCAGUUGGAUGCCCGUGAGGAGGGUGCUGGCGGCAGCGAGACCACCCUAUUCACAGACUCUGAACAACACAUAUCGCUCUGGUUCCCUCUCCUGACUGGGUUGGCACGAGUCAUCUCUCAUGAAGCACUCGAACCACGUACCUAUGCCCUCGACACUUUAUUCCGUGUUCUUGCAUUGUUUGGCUCGACCUUUUCAACCAAACUUUGGGAACUUAUUUUUAGAGGUGUCUUGCUCCCCAUUUUCGAUAACGUCGGUUAUUCCAAGGGACAAACCGAAACCAUUCUCGAGGAUACCCGUUGGUUGAUCCAAACUGGCGACAGUGCAUUCAAGAGUCUCACUGAAAUGUUUAUCAACUUUAUCGAUAUCAUUUGUUUCCUACUCGACGAUAUGAUGGAUCUCUUUGUCAGUUGCAUUCUCCAAAACAAUGAAAUACUUGCCAAGACUGCCGGUACCUUCCUCAUUCAAUUGGUUACUUCAAAGGGUAACAAAUUCACCGAUGCCCAAUGGAGUAAUGUUUGUUCUCAAUUCCUUAAAAUCUUUCAAACCAAUACUCCAUUUGAAAUUCAUGAUUUCAAUCAAGUAGCUGGAGGAAAGGAGAUUCAACAACAACAACAACAAUUAAAUUCAAUUCAAGAGAAUGAUCUACCAUUACCAGUUUUAUCAUCAUCCACUUCUUCUUUGGGUUCACCAAUUAAAAAUAUUAAACAACCAUUAUCAGCUCCAAUAUCUCCACUUUUUUCAAGUACCAAUCCAAAUAACAAUCAAAUUAAUAAUAAUUCUAAUAAUAACAAUAAUAAUAAUAAUAAUUUAUCGGCAUCUUUACCAGUAACUCCAUUAUCACUAACACCUCCACGUCGUAAUUUCUCUGAAGAAAAUAUGAAUAUUAACGAUAAUACUCAACAAAAUGAACAAAUUAAUAAUAAUUUAAUGGAACAAUUAAAACAACAUCAAAAUAAUUUGGAUCAAAAUAGUAAUAGUAAUAAUAAUAGUAAUAAUAAUAAUAAUGAACAACAACCACCAGCACCAGUAUCGGUAACAGUCGUACAACAACAACAACAACCAACGAUUCCAUCUGUACAUUCACAUAACCGAUCAUUUUCAGCUUUACCAAAUUUACAAAGUGUAUUGAAAAAGAAUCAUCAUUCGAGAACUUCAAGUGCAAGUGCAUCAAUAGGAGGAAAUGGAAACAACAACAGCCACAAUUCGAGCAAUAUGACAACUGAACAACAAUUAAAGAGUAUCCAAUCAAAAUGCUCUGUUCAAUUACAAAUGGUUCAAGCAAUCAAUGAUGUUGUAUUUUCGCAUUAUGAAUUCCUAAACACAUCUCAACUUUUGUGUUUGGGUGAUUGUCUCGAAAUCUCUUAUCACUAUUGCACAGGUGUUUACAGUGACGAUAAAUUAUCGGCAACCAUCUCCAAAAUUGGAACAGUCCUCAAGAUUCUUCAACAAAAUACUAUUACUGGUUAUUUAAAUCUUUUAAUCGUUCUUUACAAUGAAAAUUGUAUUGAUGUUUUAUCAAGAACUGUUCAUUCUGAAUAUAGAUUAAUUAGUUUAUUUAAAGAAUUGAUUGAAAAUUAUUUAAGAUAUCCAAAUGAAAGUGUAGUACAAACAGAAACCAUUUUAAAGAUAUUGCAUGGCAUUAUUACAUUUAAUGAUGAAAAGUUUAUUAGAAAUAUGAGCCUCUUUUACGAUCUAUUAAUUCAAUUGUUGAUGAACGAUAGUAAAGAUGUAAGAUCCUCUCUAAGAGAUAUCUUGAUUAGAGUUGGAAAAUUAAAUUGUAAUCAUCAACAUUUAACAACAUAA